AUGGCCAACAAUCAGGCGUCUCCACGCGACAAACCAGAGAUAACCGCUGUCGAGGACAUCAAACAUGACAAGUCGAGUCACCAUGCCUCUGGCACGGUCAACCUCUAUCACGACGGGGCUGUGGUCCUAAUCCCGACUCCCAGCCCGGACCCCAAAGACCCCCUCAACCUGCCUCCGUGGCGUAAAUACAUGGUCAUCUUGCUCGUCGGCGUGUACUCGGGCAUGUCUGUUCUCGGCACGUCUGGUCUCGGAUCUGUCUAUCCCGAAGUCAUGAAGCUCUAUCCUGACGACGACCCUUCGCGGAUCACCGAUCUACUUACAUACCCUACCUUGUUUAUGGGUAUUGGCAACCUCUUCUCCAUGCCACUCGCCAUGGCUGUUGGCCGCCGGCCAGUGUUCCUGUUCUCGCUGGUGCUUCUGGUCGCGUCUGGCAUCUGGUGUGCGUGUACCAAAUCCCUCAACAGCCAUAUUGCGGGCCGGGAUAUCUUCAGCAUGGCGGCUGGCCAGAGCGAGGCACUGGCUCCUCUGAUUGUGCAGGAAAUUCACUUCCUGCACGAACACGGCAUCAAGCUGGCGUAUUUUGUGGGCGUGCAGACGACUGUGACUGCAACGCUUUUCACCGCGACUACUUACAUCGUCCCGGGAAUCGGCCUCUCGUGGUGGUAUGGCAUCAUCACGGCUGUGAAUAGCGUGACGUUGAUCCUGUCCUUUUUCUUCCUCACAGAGAGCCAGUUCAGUCGACCUGACGACGCCGUGGAGGGCGCGGUGCAUUUAAGACUUGAUAAAAACGGAAAUGUCUCCCGCGAUGGCGCCGACAAGAUCCUCUAUCAAGUCACGACACGGCAGGAGACCUUCCUGCAGCCCGAAAAGUAUGGCGCGAGGACCUGGCGACACGACAUCAAGCUGUUCCACAUGAAGCCGGAUUGGAAGGCGAUGGUGAAGUUCUACAAGGACACGGCCAAGUCGCUUGUUCUGCCUACAAUUUUCUGGAUGCUGCUCCUCAACGGCGCUUUCCUGGGCCUCUAUGUCUACCAGGUCUCGACCUUCGCGCAGAUCCUAAUCAGCGUGCCUUACAGUUUCGACGCCGAGAUGCUGGGAUACGUGCAGCUCGUCCAGGUGCUCGACUGUGUCAUUAUGAUUCCCCUCCUCGGCUACGGCUCGGAUUUUAUCUGCAAGUUCUUGAGUAGACGGCGACAGGGAGUUUUCGAGCCUGAAUACCGUCUGCUUGUACUGGCAAUCCCUGCUGCUGCAGCUAUCAUCUCUUGUAUCAUCUACGGUCGGGCGGCUGCUGCGCCUGACAAUUGGCAUUGGAUGGCCAUUGUCGCACCCUACCAUCUCUGUUACUUUGCCUUUCUGGGCGCGAACUUGGUUGGCAUUACGUUUGCCAUGGACAGUUUUCCAAGCAAAGCAGAACCGCUACUUCUUGUCAUUUGCGCUGGCCGUGGAUUCAUCUCCUUCGGUCUGAGCUACUCGACCGUGCCAUUGAUCAACUUGACUGGCUACGAUGGAGCGAUGAAUAUCUAUGCGAUUGUCUGCGGGGUCUUGAGCGGAUUUGGUAUCGUGGCAUACUUUUUGGGUGCGAGAGUCCGUGAGUGGGCUAGACAGAAUGUUUUCACCGAGGCGGGGAGGAUGUCUGCAAUGGAUGCUAGGUAG